CUGUGCUAUUUCAGCGUCGCACCUUUUGACUCUGACUGUCCAGCGUCUGCAGUCCUCACUUUCAUGUCAAUGUCCGACAAUCAGUCAAUCCAUUGGGACCGCAACAAGUUUAGACUCUGAUUCUGUGAGAAGCAGCAAAGCUUUUUGGUUCCUGUUUGUGUACAUUUUCAGCGUCAGUGCGACUGGAUGAUAGACCCUACUGUUGCAGCGCAGUGUGUGGAGCCUGAAACAGUUAUACGACCUGGAACGAAGAAUUCACGACAGGGACGGGCUGUACACACAUUUGUGUAUGGCUGAAGCGUAGGCCAUGGAGAAACCUGAAGAAUCCUGCCCUGUGGAGAAACGGUGGAAGUGUGGCGACUGUGGGAAAGGCUUCAGUGUCCCAUCUGCCCUGGAGAUUCAUCAGCGCAGUCACACCGGGGAGAGGCCGUACUCCUACCCCAAGUGCAGGAAGGGCUUUACCCACUCCUCUCACCUCCUGAGGCACCAGCAGGUCUACACCGUGGAGAGGCUCUUCAGCUGCCUUGAAUGUGGGAAGUGCUUUACCUGCUCCUCCCACCUGCUGGCCCACUGGUGGGUCCACACAGGCGAGAUGCCGUUUUCCUGCCCUGACUGUGGGAAGGGCUUCACCCAGGCCUCCAACCUUCAGACCCACCAGCGGUUCCACACGGGGGAGAGGCCCUUCAGCUGCCCAGAGUCCGGGAAGGCCUUCAGCAAUUCCUCUGCCCUGCUGAGGCACCAGCGCUUCCACACAGAGGAGAGGCCGUUCUCCUGCGCCGAGUGCGGGAAGAGCUUUAUCCGCUCCUCUGACCUGCUGACCCACCGGCGGGUCCACACCGGUGAAAGGUCCUUCAGCGAUUCCUCUGCCCUGCUGAAACACCAGCGGAUCCAUACUGGGGAGAGGCCGUUCUCCUGCUCCGUGUGCGGGAUGGGAUUCAGUCAGAUGGCCAACUUGUGGAGGCAUGAGAGGGUCCACACAGGGAAGAGGUCUUUCAGGUGCCCCGAGUGUGGGAAGGGAUUCACUUGCUCGGUUAAGCUGCGGACACACCAGCGGGUCCACGCUGGGGAGAGGCCGUUCACUUGCUCUGAGUGUGGGAAGGGCUUCAUUGAUUCUUCCGGCCUGUUGACCCACCGGUGGGUCCACACCAGGGAGAGCCCGCUCACUUGCUCUCAGUGCGGGAAGGCCUUCACCCACUCCUCCCACCUGCGGAGGCACCAGCGAGUUCACGUGCCAUCGCAGGGGGGAUUGAAGGAGUGACGGCCGAGUGCCAUUAUCGACUGGACUAUCAACCCGGUUCCGGGGAUUCCCGGGGUUUGAAUCCCGCUGCGACAGGUGGCGGAAUUGGAAUUCAGUCAGAAAUCUGGAGUUCCGAAUCUAACGGCGAAACCGUUUUCAGGGGGAGAAAAAAAAAAACGUCUGAUUCACUCACGUCCUUUUUAGGGAAGGA